CCUUUGGAGCUACCCACCGCGGCGGAAUGUAUCGCGCAUCUAAAAUUGUUGCACGCCUUCGCGAAAGUGAGGCACGAGAUCGGCAAUCAUGAGGGCCUCUUUGGCAUCAAAUUUGAGAAAUUCGAAGAUGCGAAGGAACCGCUAGAUUUGCCUCGCGAUGAACUACCAAGGACUCUCGUGGAACGCAUACGUGAGAAGAGAUGGACAGUCUUUGUAACAAAGGCCGCACACCGAUUCGAGAAAUGGUGGGACUCUUGGUAUGCAAGCUAUCCCAUCGCUACGACCGACUACGAUUCCUCUGGCCGCCGUCAGGCACCUCGCAUGUUUCCUGACCAAGGCGAGGGAUUCGAAAACCAACUGCCGGAUUACUUACCCCCAUUGGAUGUACUAAUGGUGUGGCACGCGUACAUGCUGAACCCGCGGGCAUAUCUUGAGGACUGCAUGAGGUGGAGCAAGCAUAGAAUCUGGCGCACGUCGUUCCCCUGGAACCUAAUACACGACUCCACUGACAAAGAGACGUUCAUAUUCCACCCUUCCGAGGAGGCGAUCGAAACAUUUGAGAGGGCAACUCGCCUCCCGUGGAACAUCUUGGAUGAUCAUUUCCUCAAGCUAAUUACCUGCCCGAGAUGCUUAUGCGUUUUUACAGUCCCGUGGACGCGACUUCCAGCAAGUGACGACCGGGAAGCUGUCGAAGCUUAUCUCUCCGGCGAUACUGGCUUCGCUGGAAACGCAUUUCGAGACUCAUGUUAUCGGUGCAACCUCGUAGUCACUCACGAAACCCUACGCGUGGGCAAGUUCAUCGCCGAUGCAAGCGCCCUCCAUGCUUCAAAACGACCGCUGCCAGGCACCAUUCUCAACGCAGCCGGGAUGCCGCAACUGACCGACAAAAACAAACGCAUCAGUACUCACGACCCCUUUUUUCCUAACCGCGUCGUUGAAAACCUGAGCGAGUUCGAGCCCCGCCAAUUACGCAAGAACAUUAACAAGCUCUCUAUCGAGACGCUGAAGUCCAUGUUCCAAAACGCCAUGGCGUCGCCUUCCAGAGUCAAGCUAGUCAAUUCUGAGCAGUACAAGACGGACUUUGUCGCCAAGGAGAGCAAGAUUGCUGUCCGGAAGAUGCUGAGCCAUUACUGGGAUAACUCGAGUCCCUUUGGGCUUGACCUGGUGGGCGCGGUGAUACGGCAGGGUAGCUUUGUCCUAAAGAUGCGGCGGAUCGACUGGCUGCACAGUCCGUCUGUAAUGACGACUAUGCAGAGGCUGAUCGUAAAGUACCACCGCUUCGUUCGCAUCAUCGCGGACAAUCCGAAAAAGGUCGCAGUGCCCACAUUAGACGUUGACCUCGCCUGGCACACGCAUCAACUCACCCCAAAACUCUACUACCGCUAUACGGUCGCCGAAACCAAGAAAUUCCUCAACCACGACGAUAAAAUCCCAGAAACGUCGCUCUACACCUCCUUCCAAUGGACCUCGCAAGCCUACGAGAAGAAAUACGGACAGCCCUACUCCGAGUGCGCAUGCUGGUACUGCGAAUGCACGCGCGAGCCGCUCCGGUCCUCCUUCACCAACCGCGUCAACCCCUUCCGAUCGUCCUGCGACGUCAAGCAGCUGGCCGAGAAAGGGAUGCCGAAAGAUCCAGUGCUGGGUCCGCAUGUUAGUGCCCACAACGCGCUGGUAAUGGAAGGUGCGAGCUCUGCCCAACAGCGACGCCGCGAGCUCGAAGAGCUGGAUCUGCAGUAUGCGAGGGUGUGCAAGCGGUAUCAGAAGAAAGGGGCCGAAACGCCCUCGCGGGAGAACGAUGUGUACGUCUACAGCGCGUACGGCUAUCCACUAUACUAUCCCGUCUAUGUGCCGUACUACGCUGAGCCAACGUGCGACGACAGGUAUUCCAGUGGAGGCGGAGGUGGCGGGUGUGCAGCGGGUACCUGCUCUGCGAGUGCGAGUCUGGGGAGUUGUUCGGGAGGUAGCGGGACGCCUGGGUGCAAAGCGAGCUGCGGAGGGCAUGGUGAUGCAAGUGGUGGUUGCGGAAAUUGUGGUGGUGAUGGAGGGGGUUGCGGUGGAUGCGGUGGUGGGUAG